AUCGGUAAAGAUAAGGGGGAAGAAACUGUGGACGGAGGGCAAUUAGUCCCGAAUGGUGUAUACAAAGUACCUCAAGAUUGGGACUAUAGGAGUGUCCGCAAAUUCAUUAUAGAACGCAAGCUGGCCCCUUUUUAUAAAGGGUUGUCAGACUAUGACGAAAGUUGGGACGAGGUUACAUUAACAACUCAUAAUCUUCCAAAAGCUGGUGAGGGUAAGAAAAAUGCCACAUUUAGUGGGGAAUGUCAAUCACAAGGAAGUAGAGAAAUAAAACGAGCAUCAUUAAACGCAACAGGAACAACUAAAGGCAAAGAAACAUCCCCGGUAAAACCGUUAGAAUCUCAAUUAUAUAAAGAAUCUGGUACUUUAGGAGCCAACAAUUCUUCUGCUGUAUGUCCUUAUUGUGUAGAACCAAAUUUUGGUGUCUAUUACAAGCCUCCACCUUUUAGUGCUGGGAUUGGCAGUGAAAAUAUGCCCGUUGCGAUUCCAAAUCCAAAUAUUCCACCAUCUACAUCACCAUCAUCUUCGCCCAGUGUAGCAGACGAUUGGGCAGCUCGCGUACUUCAACAACCACUACGUCAACCGCCUGGUGCGAGACGACCAACUCCCGCGACAUCUUCAAGUACACGGCGCAUUGUAGUUCGCCCACAAGGUGGAAAUAAUACUACCUUUGUAACUUCUUCAACUACUCCGCCUAGACGUAAUAAUCCUCCCACUGCAGCAGCUGCCGAGUAUGGAGGGUAUCUGGCAGCCAUGAGAAUGGGUACUGAUCUGGAAGAGCUAAUGGUUAUGGAAGCAAUUCGAUUAAGUCUUCUAGAACAAGAAAGGGAACGGAGGGAAAGAGACGAAAGGGAGCAGACUGGUAGCUCGCAAGAUGAAAAUUCUAAUAUCACUUCUUCCGAAAGUUCAACGACAGAUACAACGACUACAAAUUUAUUUAAUAACGAUGUUGAAGACGAAGACUCAUCACCUGAUGAAAUCGGAAAAAUCGAUGUAAACAGAUCACGAUUAAAUUUUUGGGAUUUGGGAGGACAGCGUGAAUUACAGGGUAUUUGGGAAAAAUACUAUUCUGAAUGUCAUGCCAUUAUAUUUGUUGUUGAUUCAACUGAUAAAGAGCGAAUCGAAGAAUGUAAAGAAAUUUUUGAAAAAAUAAUUACAAAUGAAGAAGUUGAAGGAGUCCCAGUAUUGAUGUUAGCAAAUAAGCAAGAUUUACCAAAUUCCUUGAAAGUUGAAGAAAUUAAAGAAAUUUUCAAUAAAAUUGCACUAAAAUUAGGAGCAAGAGAUUCUAGAGUAUUACCAAUAUCGGCUUUAGAAGGGUAA